GAUUUUUGAUUGGUUGACAAUGACAUCACGAGCGGGUUUAAGCGCGAGAAAUAAAGCGAGAGUUCACUGCGCAUUAAUUCUACGCAAUAUAAACAGGAAGUGCUCUGCAAAACAUGUGUGGGAAGUAUGGGACGGUUCUGGAACAGAGUCUAUUGGAUCCUCUUGGUGUGCCCCAUCACCUGUGGAUGGGAGGACUUGAACUUGCCCAAGAGUCAUUUGUCCUUCUAUCUACGUAACCACCCAGAGGUCGCGCAAAGAUGUCAACAGGAUGAGAGCUGUCCCUAUAAGAGGUUUUUAGACGAGAAAAGAUGUUGGGGAUACGAGGAUUUCUGUGACUCGACCAGCCGUCUCAAUUCCACUUCCUGUCCAGAGCCGAGUAUGGGAUGGACCAAGGAUAAAGAGUCCCAGCUGGAUCUGUUCUGGAAAUCGGUGGACUUUGGUUACGUCCUGGAAAGAAGACGAGAGCUGAAGACAAUCUGCUCACCUAAAACUCAGGAGGAUUCCCUGUUGGAGUGUGUCCGUUACACCAGGUUCUGUCAUGGAAAAAACCUGUUCUUUGACUUCACCAAGCCAGGAAUGUUUGCUGGACAGGAUAGAUUCAAAGAGAAUAUGUUUGAUGAAAACCUCAGGUUUUCCCAGGACUCUUUCAAUAAUGGGGUCAUAGGAGGUCACUGUGACCUAGAUCUAGAGAGCUUGAGGGCAGAGGGGGAACAUAAAAGUGCCUUGCAAUCUUGGUACGCAGAGGUGGAACAUUUUACUUCAUUACCUUUCCGCCCAAUUCAAGACGGCCAUUGUGAUGUCAUAAUAGACAAACCUGUAUACUUUAUGAAGCUGGAUGCAGGAGUAAACAUGUACCACCAUUUUUGUGACUUCAUCAACUUGUACACCUCCAAUCACCUGAACAAUUCUUUCUCCACCGAUGUUUACAUUGUGAUGUGGGACACAAGCACCAUGGGAUACAGUGAUAUGUUCAGUGAGACGUGGAAAGCAUUUACAGAUUAUCCUAUAAUCCGGUUACAUGAGUACGACAAAAAACGGGUUUGUGUUCGUGAUACUGUGUUUUCACUGCUGCCAAGAAUGAGAUAUGGCAUGUAUUACAACCAGCCAUUAGUUUAUGGUUGCCAUGGUAGCAGCUUGUUUGAAGCCUUUAAUCAGCAUUUAGCACACCGACUCAAACUUACUCAGCAUGGGCCUCUAGAGAACAAAAUUAGAAUCACUUUGCUGUCAAGAAAAACAAAGUACAGGAACAUUUUGAAUGAAGACGAGCUAGUGAAAGCCAUGAAAACUGUAGGAGAAUUUGAAGUUCAAGUUGUUACCUAUAACAGGGACAUGCCAUUUAAAGAACAAAUUGAGACCUCUUACAACAGUGAUAUAUUCAUCGGUAUGCAUGGAGCUGGGCUGACUCAUCUUCUCUUCCAACCAGACUGGGCGGUGGUCAUUGAACUAUAUAAUUGUGAAGAUAAAGCCUGCUAUCACGACCUUGCAAGGUCACGAGGAAUACAUUACAUGACUUGGGAGAAACAAUCCAAAGUUCAUCAACAAGACGAGGGCCAUCAUCCAACUUUAGGGGCACAUGCAAAAUUCACAAACUACGAGUUUGAUGUGGGAGAGUUCAUGCGGCUUAUUCUGAAGGCUGCCGAAUACGUAAAAUCUCAUCCAAAGUUUAUCCAAGGGAGACAAUCAAAGACAUUGAACAGAGUAGGGGGACAAUCAAAACCUCAUCAGGGAGCAGACUCUAAAGAUGAAUUAUGAUGAAAUAUUUUUUUGUAUUUGCAAUAAUAUUUUAUUGGUUGUAGCAGUCUAAAUAUGGUUGUUGAAAUAGGUUGUAGUCUUUAAAUGUUUUUAAAAGCAACUGAUUUUACAUAAUGGGGUUGAAUUUAUUUUUUGAAUAAUUUAUUACUAUGGUGCUAUUAUUAAAGCUAUAUAUAUAUAGAUGAAAAAUAUAUGAUUGGUGUGAGGUUUUAUAUCCAUGUAACAUGAAUAUUGAAUAUUUUGCUUUUGCAAAUGAUUGUGACAAGAAGUACUUACAGUCAUGUUAUUACUGAUUGACAAACCAGAAUUUAUAUGAUGUACAUGUAAAAGCAAUAUUAGAUGUUUUUUGUAUGAUAGUUGUUUAAACUUUUUUGUACGUAUAGAAAGUGCAGACCCAAUGUUGUACUUAAAACUUUUUAAAGUUUGUAUU